CAAAAUAAGUACCGAAAAUAGUAAUAAAUACUCGGUAUUUUUGUACCUAACAUAUCUAUUUAUUUUGUGAAAUUUGUUAGUCUUAUAAAAAAAAAAAAAAAAUAAAUAAUGUCUUCUGCAAAACGUGUAUCAAGAACCAGCACAUCAACUCCAACCCCAACAGGGGCUGGCAGUGCUGGAAAUAGGUCCUCCAGUCCAAGAAGUCCAACACGCACAAGUCGCCUUCAGGAGAAGGCAGAACUUCAGAAUCUCAAUGAUCGUCUUGCAUGUUAUAUCGAUCGUGUUCGAAAUUUGGAAAAUGAAAAUUCCCGAUUGACCGUUGAAGUACAUACGGCACGUGAAACGGUCACUCGAGAAGUUUCAAAUAUUAAAGCCAUAUAUGAACAUGAAUUGUCAGCUGCACGAAAACUUUUAGACGAAACGGCUCGUGAUAAGGCUAAAUUAGAAAUUGAAAACAAACGACUUUGGGAUGAGAAUGAUGAUCUUAAAAUCAGACUCGACAAAAAAACAAAAGAUCUUAAUGUUGCUGAGAAUAGUGCUCGCGUAUAUGAAUCUCGUUGCAGUGAAUUAACUGGCAAAUACAACAAUGCCAAUGCCGAUCGUAAAAAGGCUCAAGACGAAGCCAGAGAAUUACUCAAAGAAAACGAAAGGUUGCGUGCAUUGCUCGAAGAUUUGCGCAAACAACUUGAACAAGAAACGCUAGCCCGUGUUGACCUUGAAAAUGCCAAUCAAAGUCUACGCGAGGAAUUAUCCUUCAAGGAUCAAAUUCAUUCGCAAGAAUUAACCGAAACACGCAGUCGGCGACAAGUUGAAAUUAGUGAAAUUGAUGGUCGCUUAUCGCAACAAUAUGAAGCUAAAUUGCAGCAAUCAUUGCAAGAACUUCGUGAUCAAUACGAACAACAAAUGCAAGCUAAUAGAAAUGAUAUUAUUUUGUUAUAUGAUAAUAAAGCUAAAAAUUUGCAAAGUGCUGCAACUCGCAAUGCCAAUGCUGCCUCUCAAAUGUCUGAAGAAUUACGUAUUAGUCGUACAAAAAUUGAUUCUUUAAAUUCACGUAUUGGUGAAUUAGAGUCUCAGAAUGCUACUCUUAACGGUCGCCUUCGUGAUAUGGAAAAACUUUUUGACCAUGAACGUGCUCGUCACAAUCAAGAAACUUCCCUUCUCGAAGCUGAACUUAAUCGUAUGCGCGAGGAAAUGGCUCAGCAACUUCAAGAAUACCAGGAUCUUAUGGAUAUCAAAGUAUCACUUGACUUGGAGAUAGCUGCUUAUGACAAGCUAUUACGCGGCGAGGAACAUCGUCUAAAUAUGUCCCCUGGCGGAACUGCAACAACUUCUUCAAAUUCAUCAGCAAUGCGUUCAAGUCGUCUUAUUUCGUCAGCAGCUCCAUCUGGUAGUCAAUUAUCGGCUGGCGUUAAACGUCGUCGUACCGUAGUCGAUGAAUCUGAAGAUCGAAGUGUCUCCGAGUACUCAGUAAAUGCAACAUCUAAAGGUGAUAUUCAAAUAUUGGAAGCUGAUAGUGAAGGUCGUUUUAUUAAACUUCAAAACAAAAGCAACGAUGAAGUUAAUUUAACUGGAUGGCAAUUGAUUCGUUUUGCUGGUGAUAAUGAGCUUGCUUAUAAAUUUGGACGUGGAACGAAAAUUGAUGGCGGAGCAACGCUUACCAUUUGGUCUGUAGAUGCAGGAAGUCAUGAGCCACCAUUAAGUAUUCAAAUGAAGAAAAAAUGGCCAACUAGUGAUACUAUGAAGACGAUUCUAAUGAAUACAGAUCGAGAAGAUGUUGCAGCAUACGAACGGAUAAAAUCCAAUGUUUCGAGUCAUGCAUCACGUCAUAGGACAACGGGCAGUGGUUUUACUUUAGGAUCAUCUGCAACCUCAACUGGAGUUCGUAGUCUUUUCUCGAUGCUGUUCUAAGAAGAAAAAAUGCCUUACUUAUAAUAUAUAGAAUAAGAAUGUUAAAUAUCAACAGAAAUGAAAAACAAAUCAAAAAAAUCUGUUUUUCAUUUUUCAAAAAUUCUAAAAAAAAAAAAAAAAACAAAGAAGACAGUUGUUUAAAUGAUAUAGUUUCAAAAGGCAGGUGUAUAUUUGAAAGGUUUGGAAAAUUAAAACACUUCAAAACAUUGCUUUCUAUUAAUUAAACUCAA